UGUAUAUUGUUGAAGAUGCCCGGAAUACCGACAGGGAAGGAGAAGGAGAAAGAGAAACUACCCCCGCAAGCGAGGAUGCACCGAAACCCUCGCGUCCUCCUCCGCGCCGCCGCCCAUCUCCUCCGCCCCACCACCGCCGCUCGGCAACCCCUGACGAACGCCAGACCUCCACUGCCGCUUUCUCCGCGGGGCCUCAUCCUCCCUGCACAACGCCGCGCCUUCUCGACGGACUACGGCAAGGACGUCGACGAGGUGAACCGCAAGUUCGCCGAAGCGCGGGAGGAGAUUGAGGCUGCCAUGGACAGCAAGGAGACGGUGUACUUCAACGAGGAGGCCGCCUGCGCGCGCGACGCGGCCGGUGAGGCCCUCGGCGCCUUCGACGCGCUGCUCGCGCGGGUCCCGCCCGCAGACGCCGACGCGCUCCGCCGGUCCAUGGGGCUCAAGAUGGAGCAGCUCAAGGCCGAGCUCAAGCAGCUCGAGGAGUAGUGGUUGCUCCAGGCCGAGCGCAUCGAGGUCAGAGAUUUUUUCUUUUGGGAGCAAAUCUUGGCGAUCUUUGUUUUAGUUAGUACUUAUAUGUUCCUAAAGUAGUUCCUGGAUAUUCUGAUUGGGAAAUAAAAUUAAGGCCGCACUUUAUUCCUGUUGUGGGAGAUUACAUUUGGAGCUAAUUGUCCAUGCGGAUGCAAAUUGAAAUUGGUCGCAUACAAUUUGCACGAGCAAAAUUGGUAUUUAUGUUCAUUCUGGAUUGAUGGAGCCUCAGAAUUAAAUUAGAAGAGCGAAGCCUGUAAUUUUUUCCUGUGCCAAUUGUGAUAUUAUUAAUUGAGGUUAACAGUUAAAAA